CAUCUUACGUUUAUAAAUUGUUUCCCUCAAAACCUUCGUUUCCGUCCUUCGGCCUCCAGCCUUGAAGAACAUUUUCCAUUUUUACCAUUACCACGACAUUUCACUCAAUGAAGUUCUUUUGAAGCCUUAACACGCAGGCACUGUGGCAGGCAUUUUGCGUACUGGAAGCCUCCACCAACCCCGGGGAGGAGUGACUGUUGGCUGGGACCGCAAGAAGUCCCCUAACCUUCUAUCAACGAGCGCCACGGGGUCUUUCACGUUGUGACGGCGCGAUCACUCGAGUUGGCGGGUCGGAGGCAGAGCGGAGACGGACGGCGAGGGGGGAGAAGUGUCCGUGCACUGGGCGGAGGAGGAGAGAGUAGGAGCGAGAGUCAAGCGCCUGUCCCGGCCGGCUAAAGUACUCCAGGAGGUUUGGAUAGCGGAUAUUAGUGGCAGGGUCCGCGCACACCGACACGCGGUGUCCUGUCAAUUGCCGGACCGUGAGAUAUGGACCAUUACUGAACCCUACGGUGGAGGAGGAAGGCAGGCUGAGCCGAGAAGAUUUCCCAAAAGCAAACUUGGCGUUGAAAACCCUACCCACACCUACCGUCGAGGGACUCACCGACACCCCCUCCCUCCGCCCCUCCCCGAAUUUAAUCCAACAUCAAAAAUUUGCCGCGCAGACCCUCACACUCCGGGGCGAGGCAAUGCGGCUCGUCCGAGAGUCGGUCCCGCUUCUCUUCCUCGUCUCCCUCGCCGCUCUGUUCGCGCUACUCGGAGGUGUCCCGACGGGUAAAUACGGCGACAUACGACAGCAGGAGGGAGAGAGCGCCACGGGUAAACAGGUGAAAAGCCAUUCGAUUUCAAGGCUGGCCCGGGAUCCGGAGGAGACGGCCGAGGAUAACAAGCUGAAGACCUGGAAGGCUAACAACCAAGCCCGUCACAAGCGGCGAUGGUCACCCCCAGGAUCACCGGACACCCCGGCACAAACAAAAUAUGGGUCUGGCCUGGAGGAGACCAACCCUUUUGUCCUGGACCUGAAGAACUUCCCCGACCUAACCAAUGCGGAUAUCAACGCACAGAAUCCCAACAUUCAGGUAACCAUCGAGGUGGUAGAUGACCCCCAGGCGGAAAUCGAGAUGGAUCUGCUAAAGGGGAACCGGAAUGACUGGUCCAUCUCCUCGGCUGAAUGGCUGUCUCACAAGGACAUCUUCUGGCCCUUGUUUUGGGAGUAUCCGGACUCGUCUGAGAUGGGAAGCUUGGACUCGGCCAACGGGAUGGACGGUGAUGAAGAGGAGGAUUAUGCAGUGGAGUACGAGGGGGAGGAUACAUUCCUCAGCACGUUGGAUGGAGUUUGGGAUAGGAACUGGCCAAUACACAAGAGCUGGUCCUCCAAGGAGAAGUUUAACUACGACUACAAGGACGAUGAAGACUGGAGCGCCUGGUCCCCCUGCACGGUGACAUGUGGCUCUGGCAACCAGAAGCGCACCAGGUCGUGCGGUUAUGCCUGCACCGCCACCGAGUCACGGACCUGUGACCUGAUGCGAUGCCCGGGGAUGGAAGAUGAUGUGAGCGCAGCCACAGAAAAAAUUCUGGAUGAGAAAGAAAAUGGAACAGAGUUGUUUGACACAGAGGUGGACAGUUGCGAGAAGUGGUUGAACUGCAAGAGUGAGUUCCUGAAGAAGUACCUGACGAAGGCGCUGACUGAUCUGCCCAGCUGCCCCUGCACCUACCCCACCGAGGCCGUGUACAGCAUCGUCAGCGUCCGCGAAGCCGGCAAGGGCAGGUUCUACCGCUGGCGCGAUGCCAGCGGACCCAAGGAGCGUCUCGACAUCUACAAGCCCACCUCCAAGUUCUGCAUCCGCUCCAUGCUCUCCUUCGACAGUGCCACCCUGGCCGCUCAGCACUGUUGCUAUGACGACCAGAUGCGGCUGAUAACCCGGGGGAAGGGCGCGGGGGCCCCCAACCUGAUCAGCACGGAGUUCUCGCCCGAGCUGCACUACAAGGUGGACGUGCUGCCGUGGAUUCUGUGCAAAGGGGACUGGAGCCGCUAUAACGCGGUGCGCCCGCCCAAUAACGGCCUGAACUGUUCGGAAAACCCCUUGGAAGACGACUUUAUGGCUCAGCUCAAGGAAGCAAAAGAGUAUUGAGAAAAAUAAUUGCAAAAAUGGAUGUUUUUCAUUGAUGACAAACCACCUCACAUCUGGUAAUAUCAGCCAGCUUUUACCUGGCAGCCAUCAAUAUUGAUUAGAAACAGUACCGGGCUGGUGCUAACAUUAAAAAAUAUAUAUAUUUGCAUAUAACUAUGUGUUCAUCCAAAGAAAGGGACCAUUUCUGCAACAAGUGUUGAGCACAAGAGGAUAAACUGAGAUAUGUCACCGUUGUGACUUCCCUGCGUUUUAUUCACAGCCCUUGUGUGGUACAGCGGGAAGUUCCAUGGUUCACACUCAGUAACAUUGUUGGGAUUGCACAGUCGGAUCGCUUUGCCCAUUUUCCCAGCAGCUCCGAGACCCAAAAGGUGCCCAUCUCAUCUUCACCAAGAUCCCAUCUCCUUGGCUUUCCCGGACCCACUUCACACCAGACUUCUGGAGGAAUAAUCUGCGGGAUCUUCGGCAUCGCUCAAACCCGCGACUCUCCCUUUGCAUCGCCGCAGGAUUUAAAGCGAAUCUCACUGGAGGGUGGAUGGUUGAGGAAGAGGGAUGUGCCUCGGUGGGGGAGCAUCUUGAGGGAGCUCAUUAUUACACAAUAGCUCUGUAAACAUCUGUAGAUGUCGGCUGAAAUCCCUACAUUACAGCUUUAAAAGUAUUCUACUGAAUGUAACUUGCUUUGGGACAUCUGAUAUUGUGACAGAUCCAUCUUGCUGCAGCUGCCUUUUGCCAUAAUGGCUGCUUGCUGACUCAGACUAGUCAACAUGGCCAUCCUUUCAAAGCAGAGUUCACUGUCUAUAAUUCUCAUAAUUGUGCAACCAAGCCUGAGGAACAACAGGCCCCUGUCCAUAAACCCCUGCACACAACUGCCAUUUACCGCUGGUUAAUUUACCUCAGUUCAGCGAACCAUCUAACUCUGCCAAGCCAGGGCCGAAAGUCAAAGGAAAAUCUGACUUCCAGAAUUUCAACUUGUUUUUUUGUUUAUGUCCAGUUUCCAGGGAACAAAUCAAGGGAGUAACUGCUCCUUUUUCUGGCCUCUUGAGCAUCCGUGAAUCCAAUUGUUCCUUUGGCUUUCAUUCAAUAGCUCAGCUGGCAGAGCAGAGGACUGCAGAGCAAAUAUAAUCAUCCUUCCUUAGGUUGCUGGUUGGAGUAUUGUGUUCAGUUCUGGUCACCUCAUUGUAAGAAGGAUGUGGAAGCAUUAGAGAGGGUAAAAAUUAAAGCUUAAGAAAAUCCCUUCUGAAUGAACACUGGGAUCAGGACCGUAAUAGGAAGGAUGUGGAAGCUUUAGAGAGGGUGCAGAGGAGAUUUACCAGGAUGCUCCCUGGACUAGGGAGCAUGUCUAAAGGCUGAUUUAUACUUGUGCGUCAACUCGACGCCGUAGCCUACGCACGUUACGAGCAUUUAUACUUGUGCGUUGGUGUGUCUGCGUCGCUCUGCAAUUCGGGCAUGUCACGCAUGCGCACACACCUGCCCGUGCAAUGCUUCAUGGUCAUCGUGGUCGUUCUCAGGGUAAACAAGUUUAAAGCAAGCGUCUUUUUUCGUAAAAGCGAAAUGUGUCCUCCAUAAUUCCAGAGGUCUGUAAAGCUUUAUGGAAAGUAUUGCAGCCAGAGUUCCUUCCCUGCCCUUCAGACGGCCAAUGGGAAGCUAUUGCAGUGUAGGAGGAAAUGCGAUGCUACCAAGUGAACCAAUCACCGCUGUUGUGGUCCGUGUUGCCGCGACGUGCGGUUACAUUUUGGGAGAGGUGCGCGUCAGGCUACGGCGUAGGGAUCUGUGUAGGCUCUGUGUAUAGGUUGCGGCGACACCGUACCUACGGCGUCGAGAAGUAUAAAUCAGCCUUUAUGAGGAAAGCCCUAGAUCACUUCGCUAACCAUAACCCGUACAUCUUUGGAACGUGGGAGGAAACCAGAACGCCCAGAGGAAAACCCACACGGUCCCGGGGAGAACGUACAAACUCCUUACAGACAGCUGCAGGAAGUGAACCCAGGUCACUGUCGCGGUAGUAGUGUUAUGCUAACCGCUACACUACCAUGCUGCCCACAGUCUCAGUUCUACUUCCCCCGUGCCACUCUCUCUGGCCAUCCAACAAUGUGCCAGUGACAGAUCUGAAUGUUCUAAAGUGCAAACAGCCACUGCUCUCCUGGUAGAAGAGGCCCUCACAUUCACAACCCUCAAAUCUUUCUUCACCUCAGUCCUCAGCCCCUGAUCCUCCUGUCUCCCAGUGUCAACCCUCCCAGCACCUGCAAGGACUUUAUUCAUUUCAUACAUUCCUAACAUGAAAAUAUAUUUCUGAAUGCAUUGGUUUCAAAGUAAAGGAGGUUUUGUUUUUAUAUCUAAAUUCAAAGGGGACACACACUAGCGUAGUGGCUAGUGCAACUCUUUACAGCACCGGUUUGAUACCUUCUGCUGCCUGUUAGGAGUUUGUACGUUCACCCCGGGUGCUCCAAUUUCCUCCCACAUUUCAAACACAUACAGGCCAGGGUUAGUGAGUAUGUUGGUGCCAGAAGUAUGCACAUCCCUCACUGAUUUGAUUUGACACAAGACAACGUAUUUCACUGCCUGCUUUGAUGUACAAACGACAAAUGAAGCUAAUUUUGAUAGUCUCGUAUAAAUGUGAACUGUGGUGAGCACAAAAUGAGACAUGGAGUGUAAUUCUGGAAAUUACAGUUCACUUGAGGGUCCUGACUGUGUCGGAGGGCCAUUGUUCAGGCUCCACUCUGGGUAGCUGCGUGUGAUCCAAGCUGCAGAGAGGGAGAGCUGAGCUCUUCGAGGAGUUGCCUCUUGGAUAAUCGGCCCACCUCCCCAUCACUGAAUCCCUCCCUGCACCCACAACCAACCUCCAACAUGCAAGUGCUGGCAGAUCGUCUGGCAGCCAUUCCAUUAAAAAGAGUCACAGAGAGUUGUACAGCAGAGAAUCAGGCCACACAGCCCCCCACACCCACGGUUGUUCGUCCAUCGUUGACGUCGAUGAGGACCUCGACACCAUUAUGAUGGUGUGGAGACUAGCGCGUGAUUUGGAUUUAAGUGAGGGAGAGUUGCGCAGCGUCGGCCUCGCUCUCUCUUCCCAAAUCCCAUCUGGAUCCGGUGGCAAGACAGAGUCUAGACGGCUGGAGAUGGGACUAGACGCAGUGGAUGACCAGGACGUCUUCUGUGUCUUGUCCUGUUCUACACGUUCCACGACGCUUGCAGAGACCGCCUUCUUGACCGUUGGACCUUCCAUAGGUCUCGUCCACUCAAUCCGCCGGAGUCUGUCUUCACAUGCUGGGAUAGACAACUCCCUACCACACCGAGGGUUUGAGACCCGUCGGCUACCCUCACCUGGUUUAGCCGGCUUGUCGAAGCCGUUGCCCGGGAUGUGGCCGCUGUCACAUGCAAACAGCUACGGGGAGUCACAGGUGAGAGCUGAGUGCCAGGUGGGGACCAAAGGUGGACUAACCGCCCUGAAAAGGACGCGACAUGUUACCCCACCAGAGGUGCUACCCCUCCCUGACACCCCAUACACCCCACACCCAUACUACUAUACUAGUCCCAUUCUCCCCAUUAGGGUAUGUAGUCUCAAUGCCUUGGUAGGUCAGGUGCUUGUCUCAGUCCUUCUUCAAUAUUAUGAGGGCACCUUCCUCCAACACCUCCUCAGGCAGAGCGUACCAGAUCUCUGUGUGGAAAAUAUCACCCAGCAGAUCCUUUCUAAAGGCUCCCAUAGGAGAUUGUGCAGAUAAUAGAAACCUUGAGUGACUGACACUAAAUGGAGGAACUCAGCAGGUAAGGCAGCAUCAAUGGAGGGGAAUUAAACAGUCAGUGUUUCAGGUUGAUUAUUUGACAUAGAUGAUGCCUGACCACCUUUUUGAGAGUUGCUCACCUUAUACCUUUUUAGUUUAGACAGAUGAUUCUACUUACCCAAUACAAUCCCCUUGAUAAUUUUGAAUAAAUAUUUCUAUCAAAUCAUUACCCCUCUGCUUCCGGAAAAACUACGCAGCCUAUCUAAUCUUUCCUUUGUCAAUCAGAAACACUAAAGAGGUUAAGGUCAAGGACAGAGCAACAAGCUUGAUUGAAUUCCCAUUAACUACGCACACCCUCUAUCAUUUACAGCAUCAUCUCCCAAAAACUUGGCCACUUGCAACUGGAAGGUUAAAGACAGAAAGCCCAAGGAAUAUCACUAGCCACAGGUUCCUUGUUCCAUGAUCAUCACUGGAACAAAGUCCUGGAUCUCCUCACCUAACACUAUGAAGGUGCCUUCACUAUAAUGUGGGCAAUGGCUCACCAUCACAGUCUCAAAAAUGGAUAUUAAAUUAUAUUCUAUGAUACGAGAUUCUGCAGAUGCUAGAAAUCCUGGGCAACACACACACACACACACACACACACACACAAAAUGCUGGGGACUGGAGGCACUAAGCCAGUCAGUGGUAUCUAUGGAGGAGAAUAGACAUUUGACAUUUAUGGCCAGGACCCUUCAUUGGGACUGGAAAGGAAAGGGGCAGAAGGCAGAAUCCUGGGUCGAGAGUUUCUUGUGUUUAAAUACCUUGGUGUUGGAAAUUAAUCUUCAUGUAAAUCUCUUCACUGUGGUGUUCUGGCACCGUAUCCUUGGUACAGUUGUCUGGAGCAUGAGAAACACCUCAAGACCAUGUUGCCAAUCCCUUCAGAAAGACCUUUCUACUGAGAUUCAACAUUUCAAAUCUCUGAGUCCAUGCGACUUUGCCCAGGGUACUGGAAGACUGUGUAAGGGUGUAUUUUCCAAAACAUCUUGCAUGUAACACUUACAAUGUUACUAGAAUUCUAUCAGUGCUUGAGCGACUGGAAGCUGUUCCAAGGAGACCACGCGGAUUUGAAGGUAGGUGAGGUAAUUUUAGUUGAUGAAGGUCAUCAUUUUCCAAUGUUCACACCAAAUGCCCACCAAAACUACUGUGAUGGCAUCAGUAUAUCAGACCACCACAUCCCCACCCUGUUGUUGUAAGGCGUCUAACAGGUGAGGGGAGGAGAGAGGGUCAUAGUGACCUUCAGAGCAUUCAGGAAGGUCUGGGCUAAUUUUUUUUAAAAAGAUUACUGCUAUUUGCCACAUGUACAUCAGUGCAUAUGGUGAAAUGUGUCACUUGUGUUAUCAACCAACACAGUGCAAUGGUGUGCUGGGGAGAGCCUGCAAAUGUUGCUAUGCCAACAUAGUAUACCCAGUAGAACAGGACCAACCUAUGCCCUGUUGUGGCUCUGGAAAUGGGAGAUGGGACCUGAUCAUUUAUAAAUCAUUAGCAGAAGUCAAACAUCCCUCCUCUAGCCAUGAUGAAGUCUCCUUCCACAUCCACUGCCAUAAACUCUGGUGUUGUAUUAAAUGAAUGUGAUCAAAGUGUCACAGGAGCUGGUGGUGUAUAUCUUAAACAUCAUCCAUCAAUCUCAGCUGCUGGCAUUUUGUCACACAGAACAGGAUGCAACAUCGCCUCUUCAUUGGAGGCAUUUUAACUGGAUUUGGCUUCCAGUUAUUUCAAGGUUGAUUUGACAAAGGACUGGAAGAAAUUACUUUAAAGAAUUCAGCAACACCAUUUGUGGGGGUUUAGCUUGAAUACCUCCACGAGACUGAGCCCUGGCUUCCUGUUAUCAGUGUUGAAGCAGUGUGUGUCUAAUGACUUGUUCCCUGAGCUUCGGUGCUGUUGUAUUGUUGAAGAGGUGGCAGGAGGAGAGUGGGAGGGUGGGACUGAAGUGGGUAAACCCCAGGCCUGCCUCAGGACGCUGAUCCGAAUAGGCUAUGGAACAUUGUGUGGAAUUGUAAAGGACACUUCCUUCCAUCAGUGAAGCCCUUCUGUGCCCUGUUGGUUCAGUUAUACGCAGGGCGAUAGUUGGGUUCACUUCAUAGGCAACAAGAGGAUCUCACUGGACCACUCUAGCAUCGGUUGGUCUGUUCAUCCGUCUGUCUAUUUCACCCCCCCCCUUCUAUCAUCCUCUUUCUGUCUCUCUAGCUUUUUCCCUCUCUUUGUCUCUCUCACUCUCUCUCUCUGGCUCCUCUCUGUCCUCUUCCCUCUUCUUUCUCUCUCUCUCUCUCUCUGUCUUUGUGACCUCUUGGGCUGUCUGACCGAUACAGUCACUGGGAUUUUGCUCACUGAGAAUCCUUGGAUGGACAUGAAGUGACCAUGUUUGCUGAUCCUGCACCUAACGUUUCUACCACUUCCUUAGGUUGACUUCAUUAUAAAGGCUAGGGCACCCUGUACACUGCUAUCAGUGUCAACCAGACCAGAAAAGUGGUGAUUUCCCGAUCUGGUGACCCCUUCCCUGCGAUGUGGACAGUUGAAGGGAUGGCAAUCCAUUCAGCCAAAAUGCAUGACAUCACACCAAACGCAUUGACUUGUGAGGGAGCAAUAGCAGAAUGCUUUAUGUAUCCAAGGGACCUUAUGUACAUUGACACAGGUCCACCACACCUUGGAAACAAAAAUCAGGGCGCUAAGAAGUUUAGCUCGUAUAACAUUUUGGAGUAACAUACAGAUUCUUGCUCCAAAUCUGAGGCACUUUACUGAGAUUUCUUCCAUUAUAUUUUCUUGUCACAUUUCAAAAUGAGAUCCCACUGUUCUCAAGAUUACCUGCAAACAAGUUGCUGCGAUUAUCUCUCUGUAUAAAGGAAUCUUGUGCAUAAUGUAAGAACUUAAUAGCUUACUGUAAUUGUGAGUUUCUUGUACAGUAUUUAUUGUCUGUGUUUAAUGCUUAAGAAAUAAGACUUAAUUGUUUUACAUGAUUGAAGGUGCACUACUGUGAGACAAUGUGUUUCUAAGGGACCUAUGUUCAAUGUGAAAAGAAGGCAUCAUUUAUCAUCUAUUUUGUCUUUCAAUAAAAUUAUUAAC